AUGGUCUGGAGAUGCGUGGUUUCUUUGGGUAUCAAUGUUCUGGACUUGGUGAUAUUUUGUGGCCCUGUUCACGCAACUACCCUGAAUACUGUCGUACUCAGUCUGGACUCUGCGUACAUAGUGUGUUCCUACUUUGAGAUGAAGAAGGGAAAGAUGGACGUCAUUCGCCGAGUCAUGAACCAACCUAGAAUAGUAUCUAAGCGCUCUUUCGGGGCGAUGACACAAGUGAUGAGCGGCGAAGUGGCCUCUUUGGAGUUUGCCUCUGUUUUCUUUCAAUGUCCCAAUUAG